AAGAGAUCUCUCUUGCGGGACAGAAAGGCAAGAGAAUAGGCUGUUUUCCUUUUUCUUUGGAGCAGCAGUCUCCAAAUAACCAAACUCCUCCCUGCCCACCCCUCCCCCGCCCUCUAAACAAGGAAAAACCUGGAUAAGAAUUAGCCGGAGCACAGCAGUGGCAAAAACCAAUGAAACGUAUUGUGGGAUCAGCCGCAAAAACAAACAAAACAGAAGCAAGGAUUGCCUGCCUGACUUGGAAGAGCUGGUCUCAGGAAGCAGCAUCUGAAGGAGGCUUUUUAAUCAAUGUACUGGUCGCCUUUUUGGUCUACUUCAUGAGACCAGGGCCUUCCGGAACCUUCUGACACCUUCACCAUGGGCGACAUGAAGACCCCAGAUUUCGAUGACCUCCUAGCGGCUUUUGACAUUCCUGACAUCGACACGAACGAGGCCAUCCACUCCGGCCAUGAGGAGGCGGAGGCGCACAUCAAGCCCAUCCCUGUGGAGAACGUGGUCCCCGAGCAUGCGCUUCCCCACGCAGACAUCACCACCGUCAGCGUCAUUGUGAAGAACACGGUCUGCCCCGAGCAGCUGGACGUGGUGGACGGGCGCGUCAAGGACAGCCACGGCAUCGGGGCACGCCUGCUGCAGAAUGGAUUCGCGGCCCCCGAGGUGCCGCACGCCUCCCCCGGCCACCCUGCGGACGUGGCGGCCCCCGCCAACGGGGAGUGCUGGCCACCCAAAGAGAAGGGGACCAAAAGCUUGGACCUCUUCUCCCACUUCAGCCCAGAUCCGCACGAGGAUGGUGAGGCCUGCCUCAUCGACCAGCCCCGUGAGAGCAAGCCCAAAGAGAAGAGCCUGCCGGUGCCUUCCCUCUCCCCGCCCCCCGUGCUCGCGUCCGUCCCACCCUUGGACUGCCGGGAGAGCUCGGGGGCACGUCCUCCGGCUUUCCCGCAGGCGUUCGACGCAUGCCCGGUGGGUGGAGCAGGCCUUCCUCUGACCCCACCACCACCUCCUUCUCCCCCGGCACCUCUGGUUAUCAAGCAGGAAUCGGACUGCGAGGUGCCCUGCCGGGGGGCAGGUCCAGUGGGCCCGCCAAAGCCAGGUUCGGUUUGCUACUCCACGGACGAUUCCCCCGUCACGCCCUGGCCGGCCUCAGAGGCGAGCCUCGACGGAGGCCCCAGUGGAGCCCCGGAUGUAAAGUGUUCCCCCGCCAGCCCUCCGGAGCAGCUCCUGAAAAGCCCCCCUUUGGUGAAGGCGAGCCCUGGGCCUGCCCUCUCCCCAAAGCACCCCAGCGGGGCUGUCCUGAAGGAAGAGCCGGUUGAGAAGCCCCUGCUCUGCCCCCCAGGCGCGCUCGGCAAAGAGGAGGAGAAGUGGGAGGAGGACGAGAACGACGACGAGGCCACCGGGUCUCCCUCGUCCAGCUCCUCACGGCCGCUGAAGGUGAGGAUCAAGACCAUCAAGACGUCCUCUGGAAGCAUCACCAGGACCGUGACGCGGGUCUCGUCGGACUCGGAGCCCGGAGCAGCCAAGCCGCCCCUGGAGCACAAUGCGCAGGAGGCCGGCGCGGCCGCGGGGGACGCCCCUCUCCCUGCCGUCACAGAGAAGGAGGAGGCCGCCGCCGAGCCUCCCAGCCCCAGAGCGGUGGCGACGAGCCCCCGGAAGGUCCUCGAGGGCCCCAAGGUCGUCAGCGUGCAGCUGGGGGACGGCACCAGGAUCACGGGGACGGUGCUGCCGGCCUCCACCAUCCAGAACGCCAGCAGCGCCAUGCUCAUGGCGGCCAGCGUGGCCCAGCAGAAGGCCGUGGUGCUGCCCGGCAAGGCCGUGGCCAAGAACAUCAUCAGCCUGGUGCCGCAGGCCCUGCCCAAAGCCGGGGAGGCCAGGGCCACCAGCGGCCCCGCGGCCCAGCCGGGCCCCGGGGCCGUGGCCAACCAGAAGGUCAACGGCACCACGGUGGUGGUGAUGCAGCCGCAGAAGUCGCUGCCCGCCGUCGCCGGCACGGUCAUCUCCCGCAGCCAGUCCAGCCUGGUGGAGGCCUUCAACAGGAUCCUGAACAGCAAGAACCUGCUGCCCACCUACAAGCCCAACCUGCUGCCGCCGGCGGACUCCAGCCUGGCGCUCCCGCCGCUCGGCUACCGCUGCCUGGAGUGCGGCGACGCCUUCGCGCUGGAGAAGAGCCUGGCCCGGCACUACGACCGGCGCAGCAUGCGCAUCGAGGUGACCUGCAACCACUGCACCAAGCGCCUGGUCUUCUUCAACAAGUGCAGCCUGCUGCUGCACGCCCGCGAGCACAAGGACAAGGGGCUCGUCAUGCAGUGCUCCCACCUGGUCAUGCGGCCCAUCGCGCUGGACCAGAUGGUCGGCCAGCCCGACGUGGCCCCGCUGGUCUCCGUGGCGUCGCCGGGCGCCGGCCGGGCCGCCGGGGUGGCGCAGGAGGCCGUGGCCCUGGCCGGCGGGGCGGGGGGCGCCCCCCAGGAGCCGCCCGUCCUGCCCCUGAGCGGCGCGGCCCCCGAGCCGGCGAGCACCAACUCCUGCCAGUGCCUGGAGUGCAAGGAGCAGUGCCGGGACAAGGCCGGGCUGGCCGCGCACUUCCAGCAGUCGUCCGCCUCCACCGUGUGCAGCGUCUGCCCCAUGAUCAUGCCCAACCGCUGCAGCUUCGGCGCGCACCAGCGCAUGCACAAGAACCGCCCGCCUCACGUCUGCCCGGAGUGCGGCGGCAACUUCCUCUGGCCCAGCUUCGAGGCCCACCUGAAGGAGGCGUGUCUGCACUUCUCCCGGAGGAUAGGCUACAGGUGCCCAAGUUGCUCGGUCGUCUUUGGCGGGGUGAACUCCAUCAAGUCCCACAUCCAGACGUCCCACUGCGAGGUCUUCCACAAGUGCCCCAUCUGCCCCAUGGCGUUCAAGUCGGCGCCCAGUGCCCACGGCCACAUCUACACCCAGCACCCGGGCUUCAGCAACCAGCAGUCCAAGAUGAUCUACAAGUGCGCCAUGUGCGACACCGUCUUCACCCACAAGCCGCUGCUCUCCUCGCACUUCGACCAGCACCUGCUCAACCAGCGGGUGAGCGUCUUCAAGUGCCCGGACUGCCCCCUUCUCUUCGCCCAGAAGCGGACGAUGUUGGAGCAUCUCAAGAACACUCACCAGCCCCAGAAGCCCAAAGAGGACCCUGUCAAGAAGCCCCCGGCCACGCCGCUGACUCCCAAGCAGGAGCCCGCCGAGGAGGAGCCCCCGCCGGCUGCCCCCAAGCUCUCGGACCCAUCCUCCUCCUCCUCGGAGGACGAGGACCCGCCCAGCUCCCCGGAAGUGCGCAAGAGCAAGCGGGGCGGCUUCCGGCGGAAGGCCGAGGCGGGGGGGCGCUCGCGGAGCAACGGCUGGACGUGCGGCAUCUGCCACUCGUGGUUCCCUGAGCGGGACGAGUACGUCGUGCACAUGAAGAGGAUCCACGGGAAGUGUGUGAAGAAGUUCCCGUGCCGCCUCUGUGAGCGCUCCUUCUGCUCCGCUCCCAGCCUCCGGAGACACGUCCGGGUGAACCACGAGGGCAUCAAACGCGUCUACCCCUGCAGGUACUGCACGGAAGGCAAGCGCACGUUCAGCAGCCGCCUGAUCCUCGAGAAGCACAUCCAAGUGCGUCACGGCAUCAAAGUGACCGACGAGACCCGGAGCCAGGAGGUACUCAUCACCCGCAUGGGCUCCAGGAACUCACAGGCAUCGAGCCGGAAGCACAAGCUCUCCUCCGACGAAGGGGACUCGUGCAGCGAGGAGCCCGACAGCAGCACCCCGCCCUCCAAGACCCACAAAGGCGACCGGAAGUCUCCCCACCACUGCCACAAGUGUGGUUACGUGGCCUCCUCGGCCGCCGACUUCCAGGAGCACAUCCCCCAGCACAGGACAGGCGCCAGCGCCCACCAGUGUCGCGAGUGCGGCCUCUGCUUCACCUCGCAGGUCUCCCUGAGCCGCCACCGCUUCAUCACUCACAAGAAGAGGCGGGGGGCCGGCGAGGCGGAGGACGGCGGCUCCCGGGGCAACCCCGAGGGGGGCUCUCCCUCGGCCGCCGAAGGGAAGCUCUCCUGCACGGUCUGCGGCAAGGGCUUCGACACCCAGCUCAACCUCAAGACUCACUUCCGCACCCACGGGAUGGCCUUCAUCAAAGCCCGGCAGAACGUGGGGGCCGAGAACUAGCCGGCCGGCGCGGCGAGCGGUGCCCCCGCUUUAUCCACAGCGGGACGACGAGGCCCGGGCCGGGCCAGGCCGUGGGGAGUCUUCCGUGCCCCCGCACUUCUUCACAGGUUGGGUUGAGGAAGCCGUGACGAUGGCGAGGGACGCGGGGCGGGCUUUUGGGGGAAGGCUGUUUGCAAUCCUCGCUCGGCUGCUCUGGUUGUGGGCAUCUUGGCGCCAAGGCCUCACCUUGCCAGGUGCGGCUCUUACCCGUUUCCUUUGUUUUGUUUUGUUUUACUCCUUGGGGAUUCAGUUGGCGAAGGUCGCGCGGCAGUGGGAAGGAGGGCACGCAGGCAGCCAGCCAGCCUCGCAGCACUCAGGAAGCGGACUCUGAGCCCCGCCAGAGGGCAAGCCCAGCGGGUGGGGAUUAUCCCCAGGGCCUCAGCGCAGCUGUACAGACUUCAUGCCCGCGCCGUUCCUCACCAGGAACGAGUCAGCCUCCCUCAGCCCGGUAUCUUCCCGCUCUGCUCGCCGGGGGAUUUCAGGAGCGCAGCUGGAGGGUGCCAGGGUGAGGCGGCCGCCUUCGGGUCUGUUCGUUGCCCCACGACAGAUAAUGCCACGGAGGGUGUUCUUCGCCUCCUUGUUCACCCCGCCUAGCCCCAGGUAGCACGGCCAGGUGCUGUUGGAGCAGCUGCCUCACCCACCUCGCCGUGUCUCGUGUUGCGGGGAACUGCAUCUUACGGUAGAAGCGUCUUUCCUUUCUUCCUGUCCUUUCCUGUCAGAGGCUCCGUAACACCAGUCUUGCUUCUCUGGUGCCCCCCCCCCCCCCGGCCCGUUCUCACGCGUCACUUUGCUGCAGGUGAUGGUUUUCCACUCCUUCGCUCCGUCAAAAGGGUGGGCUACUUCUUUGAUGCCGCAAAAGAAUUGUUCUUCCUUCUUCACCUAUUAUCAGAAAAGCCCGAUUCCUUUUGUAUGUUUUUACCAAACUUCCCGAGCCAUUCCAUAAGGUAGACCAGAAGAGAACUCCCCAGUUUCUGCAGCCUUGGUAUUGUUGACUCCCAGUCCCUCCUGUGGCAACUUCCAGGUGCCGGAUCACACCUUCUCAGCCUCUGUCCACUAGCAGUCCUUCAGAAGGUGUCUGAAUGAAACUCCCAUCCUAUUGCAGCCGCACACACCUGUGGGGUGCCAGGUUUGAGGGGGCUAAGCUGCGACCAGGUUAGUAACUCCCAGCUCUUGGCAACCCUGCCUGCCGUACCAUCGCCUCCGCUUGUAGGAAGCUGGGGAGAAGCCGUGUGUGGGCAGCAGCGACCCCCUGAAUACCCAGAAGAGCUUUCCGAGUGGGUCCAGUUACAGAUGACUUGCUUUGCUGUAUGUUGGGCACCCUUUCCCAGCCCCCAGAUGCUCUGAACAGCUCCCGGCAUUCAUGGCCGUGUUGGUGGGGUUUGUGGUCUGGCCCAGUGGAGAGUUGGGAGAAGCCGGUUUACAGGAGGGCUGGGCGUUCCCUCUGCUGCAGGGAUGGGGAAGGCCAGCCCGCUCCAAGGUGGUGUUGGCAGGAAAUCGUUUGUCUGACUCCACCCCACCCCAGAGCCUUGGGGGGAAGGGGGUCCACCAUGCCGACCAGAUGGGGGUCCUCCAUCAGCAGUAGGCCUGGGGGCUGCAAGCUCCGCCAGCUGCGGCCUGCUCUGGACAGGAGCGGUGGACUCUGGAGGGCUUCGGAGUGUCGACAGAGGGGCGUAGCUUGGCUGGCGAGUCCGCUCCGUUUCGGGUGACAGCAAAAGGUGCGGGUGCUCAGCUCGGUGUGCCCCACGACAGGCAGCCGUGACUUCGCAUCCCGCAUCCUCGGUGGGGGAGGAUUUUGUAGCAGGGGCUUUUUCCUGUAGUCUGAACUGGUUUGAGGCCAGAAUAGACCCCCUGCGUGGGGGAGGUGGCUGCCCCGGUGCCCUUCAGUCCCUCACCCCCCACGUUGCACGUACCCUCAGAGAGCGGCGCUUGAAAUCAGUGCAACGCGUCCUGGAGAGCAGGGCAUAGGCCCUUGUUCCGAAUGCCGGGGACUGGGGGCGCCCUCAUCUAGCGCUGGCCACGGGGAGCGUCUCUUCCACUGAGCAGACCUGCCCGCGCUCGCUCACACCUGCCUGGUGCCCUAGGCGGCUUCUUGGCAAACGGUGCUUUGCCCCCUCCUGGGGCUCCCGUCUUCCCCCCUCCUGCAGCCGGCCUUGCGGAAGGGCGAGGGCCGUCGUCCAGAGGGGCCAUCGCCUGCCGCUCACUCAUCGUGGCUUCGAGUCCCCAUGACGCCCUUUCCCUCCUGUCGCCGCCACCUCCCCAACCCUGCUUCCCUUUUAUUACUGGCGGACAAGCAUUCCUAGAUCAUGUGACCAAAAUCUGGCAAAAUUGGCACCCCACGCCCACCCACCCGCCCACCCUUUGAUCCUAACCAGUGUUGACCUUCAGAUUUGGAUAAUGGCUUGGAAAGGUGUCUGUUCGUAUUUUAACCUUCCCUCCAUGCGCCCCAUGAAAUCAUGUCCGGAACGUGGGAUUCCAGUUUGGGGCCGGAGCGAGCAUCUUCUGCCGAUCUCUUUCCUUUGUGCACAAGUGAUUAUUUUAGUAAUUUGAUUUUCGUUUGUUUUUGACUCAUCACUAAUGCAACCAUGUGUCCUUUGAAUAAAUCUUGUAACACGCAA